AUGUCGAGCACGGUGACUAUGGAGAGCCCCCACACCACGGCAACCACGGGCCACAGCAUGAGCGCCGCGACCUUCCAUACGAACAUGGUGGUGAGUAGCAUGGAGGCUGCCCAUACCGCACACGUGAGCCACGCCCUCGCCGGCGCCGCUCGUAGACGCAGAGGCAUGCGAACAGCAGAAGGAGGGCGGCAUAGGAUACGACGACGAAGGCGACCGCUAGCGUCACCACUGAGGCCGGAGCGAGAUGAGAAGGCAAAGGACAGGGGCGGUGAGGGUGAAGAUGUGAAGGUAGCAGUCGGUUGGGCCAUGGAUGAUAGAGGAUUUGGAGUGGAGCGCUGGCAAGAGGAGGAAGGACAACACUCGUCGCCGCCGCCUGCCUCAGCCGCGCUAUCGCCACGCCGACGUCUCCCUCGGCACGCCGCUCGCGCGCCGCCCGGAGGCACGCCUCGGCGGCGAAGUAGGCCGCCUUCGCCUCCGCGUGCGCCGCCCACUGCCGGUGGUCGGCGUGCUGCCGCCGCAGCUCGGGGGCCUCCAGCGCGGCGCGCACGUCGCCGUAGUCCAGGCUCACCUGCCUCGCCACCAUCGAGCACAGCGCCGGCGGCCUCCCUCCGGCGACGGCGAGCUCGAAGUAGCACUCCAGCGCCUACGCCAGCAUCAGGCCCUCCAGCGCCGCGACGCGCGCGGGCGACAUGCCCGUCGCGGCGCCAGCGUCGGCUCCGCCCGCCGCCUCCCUCAGCGCGCCGGCCGCAUCGCAGAGCGCGGCGCACGCCCGCCGGAUCCCGUCCGCACCGCGCCUGUCCUCCGCCGCCGCCGCCCGCGCCGACUCCGCCGCGAGCGCGAACAUCGCCACCUCCCGCUCGGUCACCAGCGACGUGUGCCACUGGCACGCCGCCGCGCCCGCCGUACUCCACCUGUGCCAUCCCCCCGCCGCCGCCGCCGCCGCGUCGUCCUGCCAGGCAAUCCCGAGCUGCGACGACGACGGCGGCACCGCCCUGCUCACCGCCGCGUCGAACCGCGGGCCGGCGACCGCCUCGAUCUCCGCAGGUACGCGCGGAGGUCGCCGGCGACCCUCUCCGACGACGACACCACGACGAGGCGGCGCGCGCGCAUGAACGCCUCCAGGUCGGCGUCCCUCUCCGCCGCCGAGCUGUCCUGAAGCGUGAAGUGCUUCGGCCUCUUGCCCGCGAACGACAGCAUCGGCAUCGGCGCCGGCGCCGGCGCCGGCGCGCUCGCCGCGCGUCGGAACGGCGACUUCAUGGCUCUCGUAAUCGAUCGAGAGCUGAACGCGACGAAACGUAGUAAUAAAACAGACAUAUUGCAAUGGGAUGAUUAGGAGUUGGAUUAAGUUAAGUAAAAAAGGUGGUAAUUAAGUACGUGACGGAGAAGGAUUAAGCGAGGCUGCUGUUCUGUUUGUAAACUUCGUAUCGUGGCGGGGGCGGGAAGAAGGGAAGCGUGUGGAGUGGGGCCCACACGGCCGUGGUUGGACAUUGUCAACGGCUGGAAUUUCCAUCACGCUGCUUAUAAUCGGUUUAGUUCAAUAUUUUUUUACAUGAUACUUAGUAUUAUAUAUAAGUCGUUUUAAUUUUAAGUU